AAACGGCACUGUAGAGUGGGAUCUCAAGUCUGUCCCACCCUUACAUACAUCUUAGAGCCAAAGCUCAACUAACCCCUAUUCCUAUUGCGUGGUCUCUUCCCCAGAGAUCAUGACAGUUUCCCAGGUUCCGCCUAGACUCAGCCCCGCCCACCUGCCACGCGGCAGGACAGCUUCUUCUUCCUCCCGCCAGGGGCAGCUCGCACCCACAGAGCCUACUUACACCGGGGCCCCGUACUGUCUGGAGAGGGCAGCGGCCACCUGGACUGAGAUAGCUUUCCAUGGACGGCUCUGAAGAUGAUGCAACCAUAUUCGGUGCCCACUGUCUGCCCAGUGACCCCAGACUCUGGGCCACUGUGACAAACUCGUACCUAGGUACACGUGUAUAUCAUGACACCAUCCAUAUAAACGGUGUAUACAAUGGAGCUGGGGGCGACACUCACCGGGCAAUUCUACCCAGCCCCCUCAAUGUCCAGCUAGAAGCCCCUGCAGGAACAGAGCAGCUGGCAGAGACCUUUACCCUGGACACCAACACAGGUUCCUUUCUCCACACCCUGGAAGGCCCCAGCUUCCGGGCUUCCCAGUGCAUCUAUGCUCACCGUGUGUUAUCCCAUGUACUGGUCUUCAGUGUGUCCAUUGCACGCUUGACCACGGAGAACAAGCCCAUCACAGUGACAUUACGGGCAGACUUCUCCCCAGAAAGCCCAGACCUGGACUUGCAUGUGGGGCCAGACUUCCAGGGACUCCGGUACCUGCAUGGCCACACACUCACCCCUGAGCAGCCUGGAGAGCCACAGCAGGAAGUGCAUAUGCUAUGGAUGCCAGUUCCCCCAGCCUUGACCCUUGGGGAAGAGGAGGAGGACAGGACCUGGGAGUUUCUGACAGUUGUGGCUACCAGCCAGGCUGAAGUCCAGGGCUGCUUUGCUGAGGCCCUACAGCUGCAGACCAGGGGAGUUCUGUAUACAAUCCACGCAGACUCCUGGGGCCAGCUCUGGGAAGGCUGUGGCCUGGAUGUGGCUGGGCCCCUGGCCCUGCGCCAGGCCCUUCGUGCCUCUCUCUACUACCUGUUCAGUGAGCUUCCCCAGCCUGACACUCAAGGAUCCAUCAGCCAUGGGCUUAGCCCCGGAGGCCUCUCCAAUGGGAGUCGGGAGGAAUGCUACUGGGGCCAUAUCUUCUGGGAUCAGGACCUCUGGAUGUUCCCAAAUAUUUUGAUGUUCCAUCCAGAGGCUGCCAGGGCCAUCCUAGAGUACCGAGUCCGUACGCUGGGGGGAGCCCUGAAGAAUGCCCAGAACCUGGGCUACCAGGGAGCCAAGUUUGCUUGGGAGAGUGCGCACACUGGCCUGGAGGUCUGCCCUGAGGACAUUUAUGGGACCCAGGAGAUCCACAUCAACGGGGCUGUGGUGUUGGCCUUUCAGCUCUACUACUAUUACACUCGGGACCAGCAGCUCUUCCAAGAGUAUGGUGGCUGGGAUGUGGUCAGUUCUGUGGCUGAGUUUUGGUGCAGCCGUGUAGAAUGGAGCUCCCACGACAAGAUGUAUCACCUGAAAGGAGUCAUGCCCCCUGAUGAGUACCACUCAGGAGUCAACAACUCUGUGUAUACCAACGUCCUGGUCCAGAACAGCCUGCACUUCGCUGCUGCUUUGGCCAAGGACUUGGGUUUGCCUAUCCCCAAACAGUGGCUGGAGGUGGCUGAUAGGAUCAAGGUACCGUUUGACUCUGAGCACAACUUCCACCCUGAGUUUGAUGGCUAUGAGCGUGGAGAAGAAGUGAAGCAGGCAGAUGUUGUGCUCCUGGGAUACCCAGUCCUCUUUCCCCUGAGACCUGACAUCCGAAGGAAAAACCUGGAGACUUAUGAGGCCGUGACAUCUCCCUGGGGCCCUGCCAUGACCUGGAGCAUGUUUGCUGUGGGCUGGAUGGAACUAAAGGACCCCUCAAGGGCUCAGGUCCACCUAAGCAGGAGUUUCGCCAAUGUCACUGAGCCCUUCAAGGUGUGGACAGAGAAUGCAGAUGGGUCUGGUGCAGUGAACUUCUUGACAGGCAUGGGGGGUUUCCUGCAGGCAACACUCUUCGGGUGCACAGGAUUCAGGAUCACUGAGGCAGGUGUGACCUUUGACCCCCUGUGUCCAGAACUGGUCUCCAGAGUGUCUGUCUCUGGUAUCUCCUACCUGGGGAACAAGCUCAACUUCACCUUUUCCAAGGACUUGGUGACACUUGAGGUCACAGCCCGUGCAGAGCCCUGGGCACCUCUGCUAGAAGCUGAGCUGUGGCCAUCACUGGCCCGGCUUCCUCUGACACCAGGACAGAAGGUCUCCUUUCCCCACUCAGCUGGCCGGAUACAAAGGUCAUCCCCCAUAGCUGCCCAGAAAUUCUUCAGUGUUUCCUGAUAGGAGUUUUGACAUUAGAAGUCUCUUUCAGUACCUCCGGGACACUCUUUUGCCCUCAGCUACAUCCCCAACCCCAUAAUCUCUCAAUCCAGAUCCUGCCCUGAAGCUGUAGGGCUACAGAGUGUUCCCUCUGUCCCUUCCACCCUCUCUUCUUCCUCUCCUCACCCUCUCCAGUCCUGGGCUAUCUAGAGCCUCAUGUGUCCUUUGCUUUGGUAUGAUCCCAGCACCCUACCCCUUAGCUCCCCAUCUUCCUGUCUCUCUAGGCCUUCACUUCCUUGUUCACACCUCCGGUCUCUGGAAUACUCUGGUCAACAGGCUAGGUGGGAAAUGGCCAGCAGCUCUCCUGAGAAAGUGGCCAGCAAGUAAGUCAUUGAGUCAGGGGCUUAGCUACACCAAACAAGAGCUUCCUGUGGCAGGCAGUUGGCACCAGGCAGGGCUAGCCAAGUGCUCAAAGGUUUGUGGCUUUGAACUUCCUAGUUUGACGUCCUCUUGACGUCAGAUGGUAUCUAGCAUACUGGGCUAGGGCGAUAGCUGUCCUUAACCAUGCAGCCUGUGAGAAGGAAGGCAGUGUUAUCACAGGACAGGGUAGAUGAACAUCAGACUGGUGACCAGAGGAACUGGAGUCAGAUGGACAGGGUUCCAGACCAUAGUCCUGGCCAUCAGGGCUGAGAAGCUGCUCAGGCGUCACUCCUGGUUCUUAGUGUUUCUCCAGAACAAGGCUCAUAGCAUAGGACCAUGAUCCUGGUAAAACCUGUGCCCCUGUACCAAGCCAACUUGCCUAAUUAAAGUCAGUGCUGGCAAAGGCUGAAGUCA